AUGGCCUUGCAUUUACGUUCAUCAGGAUUUUAUCCAGCUGUGUUGUCUCGAUUUUUUUCCUGUACUCUUGUUAGGAAUAAAAAAGAAGUGAGGUAUACAGUAAAUAAAAACGUCACAACAGUUGAAGGCGUAAUUGUUCCUUCAGAACGUAAAGGAAAAGUUGUAUGUUUAGACGGUUUCGGAGAUCCUCGAGAUACUGACCCUAUCACACGCUUAGGGUUGCAAAUACGUCAUACAGAUGUACGGAUUUUAUCACAAUUUUUAAGACCUGAUGGAAGUGUUGUACCCAGAAGUGUUAGUGGUGUAAGUCUUAGGUCACAGAAACAUAUAGAAUUAAUGAUUGAACGUGCGAGAAAAGCCGGUUUAUUACCUAUACGAAUUGAACCAGAUGGAACCCAUGUUUAUGAAGAACGUGGACGUGAUCGAUUUAAUGUGUACUAUGAUAGUGAAAUGAUAGGCCUACCGAAAGCAUCUAAAAAAGCAGUUGACUAUAUCCCUCCUGAAUAG